AUGGCUUUGACCGACGCCAUCCUGCGAGCUGAGGUGGAGAAGCUCUACAACAGUCUCCAGGACCAGCCUCAGCAUUCAGCCGAACAGGCCAUUACUGUCAAACGAAUCAUCGAAUUGCACCUUGUUGCUUUCAAAUAUUAUGACUUCGAGAGGACCAAGCUACUCGUCGACCCAAAUUACAAACAACACAGCAUCUUUGUUGGCGACGGGCGAGAAUCACUGAUUGAUAUGGCGAAAAUUAUGGAGAAAUGGGCUGAGAGCAAAUGGACAGAACCUGGAAAACCCCAUAUCAAGAUGAACAUUAAGAGGAUCCUCGUAGAUGGCCCCUACGUUGUCGUACAGCAUCACUCUCAGCGUUGGGAGGGAGACAUUGGUAACCAUGUUAUUGAUAUCUACCGAGUCAAGGAUGAAAAGUUUACAGAACAUUGGGAAAGCGUUAUGGAUGUUGUGCCAGAAUCUGAGCUGAAGCAUGAAAAUGGGCAAUUUUAA